AUGGAGUCUCGGACAAAUAAUCAGGCAAAGGUUGAGCUACUGAUACCCUCCACCCUGACCCCCGACAACGCGGCGGCGGCGCUCACCACGGCGGCCCCCUCCAGCCAGCCGGCCACCCCACCCUCGCGGCAAGGAAACAUGCGGUGCAUCGCCAUCACCGCCGUCGGCCUCAUCGUGCUCGUCGGCCUCGUCGUCCUCGUCUUCUGGCUCGCCCUCCGCCCCAUGCCGCUCGAGUACACCAUCGACGACGCCCACAUCCGCGGCUUCAACAUCACGGCCCACGCGCUCAACGGCGUCUUCGACCUCAGGCUCCGGUCCUACAACCGCAACACCAGGUUCUCGGUGUACUACGACGCCAUGGAGGUUACGGUGUGGUACGGCGAGCAGACGGUGGCCAUCUCCAAGGUCGCCCCGUUCUAUCAGCCCCGUCAUUACGUGCAGACGAUCACCGUGAGCGCAACGGCACAGUCGACGCCGCUGCUACGCCCGGUGGAGAAGAACCUGAGGCACAACGAGUCGGCCGGGGUGGUGGAGCUGGAGGUGAGGGCGAGGGCGAGGAUUAGGUUUGCGGUGGGGGUGGUGAAGAAGCACUAUAAGCUGAAGUCCUACUGCGCGCCGGUGGUCAUGCAUUGCUCUCCGUCGUCGCACUUCGACAGGGUUUACUGUACGAGUGCCACUCUUAUGAGCGUUUGA